AGGGUACAAUUAGAAAUAAAAAGUGAAUACUAAAAAUGGAUAUCUACAAUACAUGUCCAUGUAUGCGUCGUGAAAACCCUAAAGACCGUGUAUGUUUUUCUAAUGGUUGUGAUAAACGUACUGUAUUUACAUUAAGUAAAAUGGCAUACUAUGCUUGUAUUGACAUUCAAAAAAAAGAGUACAACAGAAUUAGAAAUGCACCAGAAGUCGACAUACAGAACUGUUGUCGCAAAAUAUUAGAUGCCAUUAAAAGAAAUAUUGAUUUGCCAUAUGAUCCAAAUCAUACAGAAUGUCUCUAUGCAUAUCGUGAAAACUUUAAGGUAGCAUGUUUUGAAGCUGCAAGAGUUGGGCAUAUGGACUGUUUAAGAUUUGCCCAUGAAAAUGGAUUUAUAUGGACCUCUAAAACAUCCAAGAUGGCUGCUAAAAAUGGAAAUCUUGACUGUUUAGAAUAUGCAUACGAGCAUGGAUGUCCAUAUGGUGAUACAAUUUUAAAAUACUCUGCCAAAGGUGGACACUUAGAGUGUAUGAAGUACUUGUACAAAACUGGAUGUAAAUUGACCAUUUUAGCAUGCUCUGCUGCUGCAGAAGGUGGUUUUUUAAAAUGUUUAAAGUUUGCUCAUGAAAUUGGAUGUCCAUGGGGAACAAAGACGUGCACUAAAGCUGCAGCUGGUGGCUACUUGGAUUGCUUAAAAUUUGCUCACAGAAAUGGAAGUGUUUUAACCUCAAAAACAUGUGCUGCGGCAGCAAGAGGUGGACAUUUGAAAUGUUUAAAAUAUGCACACCGAAAUAGAUGUAGUUGGGAUGAAGAAACAUCUAAUAAUGCUGCACUUGGUGGACAUUUUAAGUGUCUAGUGUAUGCACAUAAACAUGGAUGUCUGCUGGGUCUAAAUAUUUUGGAAAAGGCUGCAAUAGGUGGAAGCUUGGAAUGUAUGAAAUACUUAUAUACAUUAGGAUGUCAGAUAGGAAGAUUAACAUGUGCCACACCUGCAAAACAUGGG